GUCGUGUCGCGUGUGCUGUACCUCCUGCUUCUGGUGCUGAAGCUAUCCUAGAGCUGCCACUACUCGUGCGCAUUUUGCACAGCUGCUGUUGCUACUGCCGGGGAACGUGUGCUGCAUCGAGACAGGAAGUCGAGCCCGCGAGACGACGACGAGGACGAUCGUAUUAUGGCUCGGCAAGUUAGGGGACGGUGACGAUCGCCAUGGACAAUCGAGAAGCGAGCGGGACGUAAACGAAGAAGAAAGACCUUUUCUUUCGAGAGAGAGAGAGAGAGACAGACGAGAAGGAAUACAUCCUCGAGGAGCGAGAGGCGUGAGAUCGUUUGCUCGACGCGAGGCAGUGCAGGCCUCGAGAAGCGACGAUCAUGCGAUUUUUCACUGUAGUCACGCUGGUGGCGAUACUACUACUGGUACCGAUGAGCUUCUGCAGAAAUCGAAGUUUCUCGCACGAGUUCGGCGGCCAUCAUCGUCACUUCUCGAGCGGCAGCAGCGGCGGUGCAACGAGCAAUACUACUGCAGUCGUGCGGACGCCACACGAGAUUCGUUUGGCCCGAGGCACCAACAAGGACGUCGUGUCGCGCAAUAUCACCAUGGUAUUGGAGAAUCUUCUCAUGAACUACGAGAACAGUCAGCUGCCGACUCACGGAAAAGGUACUCCGACGAUCGUCAAAACCAACAUCCUCAUACGCAGCAUGGGUCCUAUAUCCGAGCUCGACAUGGACUACUCGAUGGACUGCUACUUCCGUCAGUACUGGCGGGACUCGCGGCUCAGCUUCCUCGGCCCGAUCAAGUCGCUUAGCCUGAGCAUCAAGAUGCUCGAGCGUAUCUGGCGUCCGGACACUUACUUUUACAAUGGCAAGCACAGCUACGUGCACACCAUUACUGUGCCCAACAAAUUGCUCAGGAUAAGUCAAGAAGGUGACAUACUAUACUCGAUGAGACUGACCAUCAAGGCGAAAUGCACGAUGGACUUGAGAAAUUUCCCGAUGGAUCGGCAAUCCUGUCCACUGAUUCUCGGCAGCUACGCCUACACGUCCGGAGAGCUGGUGUACGAGUGGAAGGACAACUCGAGCGUCAACUUCUUGCCGGGCAUGGCUCUGUCUCAGUUCGAUCUCAUGGGCUAUCCCUACAGGAAUCUCACGUUCGUGAGGCGCGAGGGCGAGUUUUCCGUACUUCAAGUGUCCUUCAAUCUGCAGCGGCACACCGGCUACUUUUUGAUACAGGUAUACGUGCCAUGUGUGCUGAUAGUCGUACUGAGCUGGGUGUCGUUUUGGAUUCAUCGCGAGGCAACGAGCGACCGCGUCGGUCUUGGUAUCACCACUGUGCUGACUUUGUCGACCAUCAGCCUAGAUUCGCGCAAAGAUCUACCGAAAGUCAAGUACGCCACGGCCCUCGACUGGUUCCUCCUCAUGAGCUUUGGCUACUGCAUCGCUACCCUCUUGGAAUUCGCCGGAGUGCAUUAUUUUACCAAGGUAGGCAGUGGUGAAUUUCCACUGGAGGAAGAAUUCAUGGAGGCUGAGGAAGACCCCGAGACAGCGAGCGAGUGGGAGGACAUAGGUCGUGACACCGACGAGACUAGUAGUCUCGACUUCUGUCCUACGAACCAACAGCAGCAGCAGCAGCAGCAGCAGCAGCAACAUCAGCAUCAGAGCAUUAUGGCCUCUAGGCGACGCGGCUCUUCCAUUUUCUGCGCAGCUCUUUACAAUGACCAAGUGUACAGUUUGCCCGACCCGAAGCGAAUGAUGACCAUCACCGUGACGAACGACGAGUCCGACGUGGACGCGCCAGGCCAGGCCGGUGCUGGCAGCAAACCCUCGACGAUGGAGCGACAGACCCAGACGGAGCUCUGGCUGCCCAAGUGGAGGCAGUUCUUCUACUGUCUCGUCGGCGACAUGGCUUUCAGAAAGCGUCGUCAACGCGAGGCGGCUGACGGCUGUCGCAAGCACGGCGAGCGCAUCGAGCGCUACAUCAACAGCGUCUCGUACAUCGACCGGGUCGCCCGAAUCGUUUUUCCGGCCUCGUUCACUCUGCUCAUCGUUUGCUACUGGAUGGUCUACGUCACCUAUCAGGAGGAAUUCAAGUGGCACGAUCCGCCCAUGAGCGCGGCCUCGCAUCGCCGGUGAAAACGACCACGACGACGAGAUGCGAAAAAUCCAUGUGCAUCGCGCACAAACACACACACACCGCAGCUUCUUCCCCUCCGCAGUCUAGCGCAGUCCGUAUAGCCGUCGGAUGAAUUAGUGACGAUGCGCAACGAGAGAGGAUUUUUAUAUAUUGAAACGUCGUUUUUGUUUGAACUUUAAUGCGACUAACGGAGAACGAAAGAGCAAUGAAAAUUACUUAUGCUUUGUGUGUCAUUAUUAUGUAUGUUCUUUUUGGCAAUUUAAACGUUUGUACGAAUGAUCUAUGAAUAUCAAACAUUUUUAAAACGAGGAAUAUAGAUUUUUUUCGUUACAUCCAUCGGUUAUUUUACCAAUAAUAAAAAAAAAAACGACUGAAUCAAUCUUACUGAUUAGCUUAAAAAGUAGUGACUAUUAAUUUUUUGUGCGAACGUUUUUUCUCACAACAACAAAAUUGUGCCAAAUUCAAAGUAUAAUAAUUAUUGUAUAAAAUUUUGCAAUUAGUUAUAAAUGCUGAACGAAAAAAUCAAAAAUUUUCAAAUAUUUUACUGCCUUAGACCGUAGGGAAAAUAAAGUAACACGAUCAACCUUUCACGAACCUUUCUCCCAACUGUUUUCAUUAUUACAUUUUGUAAGAAUAAAUUACUUUAUAUUUCUUUACAUCUUAAUAACUGCAUUAAGUAAUUUACUAUGUUACUCAGUAAAUUUCGACAAUAAAUAUAAUUUAAGUGACUCGCUCUUAGCGCCCUUGUGAAAAAGUCGUGGUAUUCCUGCAGAACUACUACGGAUAUUGUAGGACAUUUUUACAACAGUACAUCUUUUAUGGCGAGUUUAAAAGACAGGGUAUACUUCAUGCACCUAAUUAUUAAACACAUUUAUCAUCAAACACAGAAACGUUACAACAAUUUUUUGUGCACUGUGUCGGUUCGAUUGUGUAGAAAAUUAUUAUCUUAUAAUUUUAAUUAAAUAUAUUUAGAUAUAAACACAUCUAUUUGGCACAAUUAUUUUUUAACACAAUUUUUUUUGACACUUCAAAAUUUGAAAAUACU